UCCCGUGACACUUUAAUCUGCACAAAAAAUAAAACCCCUACUUAUUACGUUUCCCCCUCACAUGUCCUCUCUCUCUCUCUCUCUCUCUCUCUCUAAGAAGUUCUGUUUUCCCAUCUAUAGUAAGUAAUAAUCUGCCAAACUGAACCUCUGCUACACUCUAGCUCCCUACACUCCCUCUUUCAGCUAUUCAACUAGCAAUAAUAGUUACAUUUGUGGUUGCAUAAAUAAGGCAAAAGGAGUUGUGAAAAUGCCAAGUUCAGCUUCAUUUUUGAGGCAGUUAAGUGCAAAGGAGACUUGGAAAUCAACAUCAAAUAGGUGGAGUGGAAAAAACACAUACAACAACAAUAGUUUAGGGGUGAGUUGUGAGACAAAUUUGAGUCAAAUGGAAGGGUUUAACAUUAACAUGUAUGGAAAUGAAGAGAGUUGUGGAAUGAUGGUGAGAAAGAGAGUUAUGGUUGUGGUUGAUGGUACUUCACAUUCUAAGCAUGCAAUGAUUUGGGCACUUACUCAUGUUGUUAAUAAGGGUGAUUUGUUGACUUUGCUUUACAUUGUUUCUCCUCAAAGUGCUUCUGACUCUUAUUCUUCCACUUAUCUUGUUAACCAUCUUGGGUCCCUUUGCAAAGAUUGCAAGCCAGAGGUGGAAGUGGAAGCACUUGUAAUUCAAGGACCUAAACUGGCCACAGUGAUGAGCCAGGUAAAGAAAUUGGAGGUCUCUAUCCUGGUACUUGGCCAAAAGAAGCCAUCUUCUUUCUUUAGCUGUCUCUGUGGAAGUAGCAGCAGCUGCAGCAGCACAGAGGAGUUUGUGGAGUACUGUAUCAACAAUGCUGAGUGCUUGACAAUAGGAGUAAGGAAGAGAAGCCAAGGCAAUAAUGGCUACCUUAUCAGCACCAGGUGGCAGAAGAACUUCUGGCUUUUGGCUUAGAUUAUAGUUUAUCUGCUAGUACUAGUUUAAGAUCUCAUACGAGGGGAAAAUGGGGAAAUAAAUUAACCUUGAUAUUUGUAUUCUCAUCUAGUCUAGUAUAAUCUAUCUCACUAUGUAACUAAUUCUAAGUUUCUAACUAUAUAUGUACUUUUUACUAAUGUAAUAAGUCUUGUCAUUUUAAGGCACUAUGGUAAUUGGUACCAACUACAUGUUUGAAAAUCACCGACUUGCCAAUGCUAGUGAAUAAUAUUUGACU